CUGGAUAGCCCGGCCAUGAAAAACUCAUUAUGAAGUUGCAAGUUAUCAAUCCAAUUAUCCUGCAAAAAAAAAGCACUCUUUUCCUGCGCACCUGGAAAAUUUGUUCGUUCUCAUUGAUCACUGUUUUUCCGGUUGAAUCGCCUCUCUACGUCUAAUAAAUAUCAGUUUCACACCUUGAUUUCCCUCCUCGAUUUAGGGCUUCUUUGCUUAGAGGUACGAAUUUCUUGUAUACCUUAAUUUUGUUAAAUAAUUUAGGUUUUUGGGGUCCAAUUGAGUUUAGAUCUGAGAUUGCAUGCUUUUAAAAUUAGUUUUAUGGCUCCAAUUGUAACUCUUAGGACUGCCAUUUUGUGUUUAUUGGUGAAAUUGAUUGGAAUUUUGAUGUGAAUUGGGAAUUUUUUUGGGGGAUUUUGAAUUAUUAAUGAAAUGGAGGGAAGAAAUCGUAGUGGCAGCCGUUCAGAUGGUGUGGUGAAGAAUAGAAGCUCCUCAGGUUGUCUCAUCAUCAAGAAAAAGUCAGAUGGAGUUGGUGGGUUAGGAUCUUCAAAAGGUUCAAAACUUCAUGAAUCCAAGAAAGAGAAGAAACGUGCUAAAUUAGAUGUUAGUGACUCACUUUCAAGUGAUGAUGAAGAGCUUUUAGAACUCUUUCCGAAGCAUGGUGUGAGGGGGAGGACUGGUGCUUCACUUGUUUAUGAGAAUGAUGAUUUUGAGGAUAGGAGUUUUGCUAAAAAUGGUUUAAUGAGGGAUGUUGUGCCUAAGGGAAGGAUGCUUGACAUUUAUGAUUUCGAUGAGUACGACGAUUUAAGUGAAAUUGAAAUGUCAAGAAUGAAUCAUCAUGACAGUUGGAUUGGAGGGGGUGGAGAGAGUGGCUCAGUGCCGGGGAUGAAGGAUGAUAAGGAGAUAGAGCUCGAAAGUGGAUCGAGUAAGGGAGAUAUUAUCUACAAGAGGAGGAGGAAUUCAUUUCAUGGUGGUUUUGGGAUUGAUAAGAUUAGAAGUGGUGAUAUUUAUUCUGGUAAACGAAGAUUUGAUAUGAGAAAUGAGCUUGCUGUUUCGUCGGGGAAAGGAAGAUUUGGUGUGUUUGAUGAUGCUAUUAGGUUACAGGGCAAGAACGGUGUACUCAAAGUAAAGGUUAAGCAUACAGAGGAUGUUCAAAUCAAAGGAAACAAUGUAGGUUCUAGGUCCCAACAGUCAACUUCAAAGAAGAUUGGAAUCCAUUCUUCACCAUUUGUAGAGAAGAAUUUGCCCAAGAAGCCGACUGCUUUUAAUGGGGUACGAAAAAAUCAACAGAGAAAACGUAAACCUUUGCCAACCGAGAGUAGUGAGGAGAAUGAUGAAGAAGCUGAGGAUAGUGAUAUGCCUCCGAAGCUGCAGAGUGAGAGUGCAUCGGUUCAUCCGUCGAAGAAAAGAGGGAGGGAUGGGGGUAGUAUGCAGUCCCCUCAGAAGGCACAGCCAAUUAAGAUGAAGGAAGGAAAAGUGAAGCGUGGUAGUGGUACAGAGAAACAGUUGUUACGUGAGAAAAUACGAAGUAUGCUUAUUGAUGCAGGUUGGACAAUAGAUUAUAGACCUAGGCGAGGAAGAGAUUACUCUGAUGCUGUUUAUGUUAAUCCUACUGGAACAGCUUACUGGUCAAUUAUAAAAGCUUAUGAUGCACUUCAAAAGCAGCUUGAGGAAGAAGGGAAGAACAUGAAAGCCAGUGUUGAAUCCUCGUCAUUUGCUCCAAUAUCAGAAGAUGUAUUGAGUAAACUGACGAGGCAAACCCGAAAAAAGAUGGAGAAGGAACUGAAAAGGAAGAAAAGGGAGGAAUCUGGGGGUAAAGGAAAGAAAAGUUUUGGUAGUGACAACUUUGAUGAGGAUGAGUCAGAUACAUAUAGUGGAGGCAGUGGAAGACAUGAUGAUAAAUUGUGCUCAUUCAUAAAGCGCAGUGGUAAAACCAUGAAAGGUUCAACAAAUAGUAAAAUGUUGGAAAGGGGUAAAAAAUCAUCCUCUAUGUCCAAUAGGUUCAUACAUGGUAAGAAGAGUAGAAAGAUUGGCCGAUGUAUGCUUCUAGUUCGUCAUUCCGAGAGGGGGUUGGAUUCUAAGAGUGAUGGGUUCAUUCCAUACACUGGAAAGCGUAACUUGCUGUCAUGGUUGAUUGAUUGUGGAACUGUGGAGCUGAGUGAAAAGGUGCACUACAUGAACCGUAGAUGCACACGAGUGAUGCUAGAAGGUUGGAUCACAAGGGAAGGAAUUCAUUGUGGUUGUUGUAGUAAAAUUCUUACUGUUUCCAAGUUUGAAAUUCAUGCGGGGAGCAAACUUCGUCAACCAUACCAAAACAUAUAUUUGGGUUCUGGUGCUUCCUUAAUGCAGUGCCAGAUAGAUGCAUGGAAUAAACAAGAGGAGUCUCUGCGUAGUGGCUAUAAUAAAAUUGAUGUCAAUGGGGAUGAUCCUAAUGAUGAUACCUGUGCAAUCUGUGGUGAUGGUGGAAAUUUGAUAUGUUGUGACAGCUGUCCAUCAACAUUUCAUCAGAAUUGCUUAGGCGUUGAGAUGCUUCCUCCUGGUGAUUGGCAUUGUCCGCAUUGUUCUUGCAAAUUUUGUGGUCUUGCAGACAUGAGUUUCACUGAGGGCAGUAAUGGAAGACAAGAUGCAGUGCUCACUUGCAAUUUAUGUGAGGGAAAAUACCAUUCUUCAUGUGUGGAGGGCAUGGAUGUUACUCCGAAUAAUUACAACCCUCCUUUCUGUGGGAAGACAUGCCAAGAGCUCUCUGAGCGCUUGCAGAAGCUUCUUGGGGUCAAACAUGAACUUGAAGCUGGAUUAGUUUGGUCUCUUAUUCAUCGGACAGAUUUAGGUUCAGACUCGUCUGUUCCAGGUUUUCCACAAAGGGUAGAAUGGAAUUCUAAGUUGGCUGUCGCUCUGAAUGUGAUGGAUGAAUGUUUUUUGCCCAUAAUUGAUAGGAGAAGUGGUAUUAAUAUGAUUCACAAUGUUCUCUUCAAUAGUGGGUCAAAUAUCACUAGACUUAACUACAGUUCCUAUUACACAGCCAUACUGGAGAAAGGUGAUGAAAUAGUAUCUGCUGCUUCUAUCAGAAUACGUGGUACAGACUUUGCUGAGAUGCCAUUCAUUGGAACCCGUCACAUCUACAGGCGACAGGGGAUGUGCCGUCGCCUUUUCUCGGCCAUUGAAUCGGCUCUCCGUUCUCUCAAAGUUGAGAGGCUGAUAAUUCCUGCCAUUUCAGAGUUGAUGGAUACCUGGACUAUUGUUUUUGGUUUUUGUACUCUUAAAGAAUCAGAUAAACAAGACACGAAGAUUGGAAAUAUGUUGGUGUUUCCAGGAACUGAUAUGCUCCAAAAGAAACUAUUGGAUCAAGACAGCCUUGAGAGAGAUUCAGCUGCUGCUGAUUCAUUUGAAAAUGGUCUCAAUGCACCAGUUGUGCCCAGUUUGAGAAAGGAAUCUGAUUUGGACUCCCCUCCUGGGCCCUCCAGUGCUGCUCUGGAACCUGAUGAUGAGGAAAUAAAAGAUGCAUCUGUUACUGAUUUUGGUUCUAAAGAUAUUGUUUGUUCCGAUGGAAAUUUCUUGCAUGGUGUUUCCGCAAAUCAUUGUGAAGAAGUUGAUCCAACUUUGGCUACUGAAAACGAGAAGGAGAAAGAUAAAUCUAUUCCUGAUUUUGGCUCUCAAGAUAUGAUUUGCACAAAUGAAAUCUCCCUGCAAGGUGCUUCUGCUGAUUGUUUUGGGGGAAUUGAGUCCUUUCCCUCUGAAAAUGAGAGGAUGAAAGACAAAUCUGUUGCUGAUAAUUGUUAUGAAGGCACAAAUAGAAACUUCUUGCAUGUUGACAAAGAUACACCACCACCAUUGCUUACAGAAAAGGAUAAGAAAGAAAAAGCUAUCUCUGAUUUUGGCUCUGAACAUAUGAUUUGCAAAAAUGAAAUCAGUGCUUCUGCUGAUUGUUUUGUAGGAAUUGAGCCGUUACCCACUAAGAAUGAGGGUAUAAAAAUCAAAUCUGUUGCUGAUGUUGGUACUGAAGAUAUAAUUUGCGCAGAUGGGAAUUCCUUGCAUGGUGCUACAGAUAAUUGUGAAUUGAAGCCGUCUUCACCCACUGAGAAUGACGAGAUAAAAGGCGAAACUGUUGCUGAUUUUGGUUCUGAAGACAUGGCUCAAACAGAUGGAAAUCAUCUGCAUGGUGUUUCUUCUGAUUAUUGUGAAGAAGUUAAGCCACCUUUGCCUACUGAAAAUAUGGAGAUGAAAGAAAAAUCUGUUUCCUCUUGUAGCGAAGAACCCGAGCCUUCUUUGCCUACUGAAAAUGUUGAGGCGAAGAGCAGAUCUGAUUUUGAUGGCUCUCAAAAUAGGGUUCUACCAGAAGAAAAAUAUCUGUGCAAUGCUUCCACAGAUUGUUGCAAAGUAGAGACUUCACCUACUGCUUCCCCACAUGAAUGCAGUGACGAGAAGUCUACUGAGAAUGAGGAGAGGAAGGACCCAUGUGUUGCUGAUUUUGCAUCUCAAGUCAUGGUUUGUGCAGAAGAAAAUUUUGUUAGUAAUGCUUCGUCAAAUUGUUGCGAAGAUGGCAAGUCUUUGCCUUCUGUUUCCCCGUGUAAUUCCAAUAAUGAGAAGCCUUCUUUGCACGUUGUUUCUGACAGAACCAGUACAGAUUCUGCUGAUCAACCAAAGAACAGUGCGUCUAGAAUUGAUUUUGUAAGUUCUCAAAUAAGAGAAGCAAUGCCCAUUGAUGAUGUGCCAUGCAGAUCUCCACAAGACCCUAGUGAUAGCACUGUUGUCAUAGAGAAGACAACGCCUGAUUCUUAUGGUGGAAUUACCGAGCAGCCAACUUUGGAAGGUGACGGGCAGCAUUUUGAAGUUGAUAAUGUUCAACCAAGUGAUUCAUCCUGGGAAGGUUUUGUCAAUACCGAAGUUCCUCCCUCUAUUUGUGACGAUGGUAAUAUUGGGGCUAUUUUACCGUCCACCAAGCUCAAUGAUCAAAGUCCCUUGUGAUUUGGACAGAAGAUGAUGAGACUGGUGUGGCUUUUACUUCGACAGCCUUUAGGUGACGUCAUGAUCCUAUAUGUGCAAACCCUAAUAGGGAGCUUUGCUUGGUCUUUUUGAAUCAAGGAUGACUUUUAGGAAGAAAUUUAGGUUUCUGUAGUGUACCUUCAUUUUUAAUGUCCUCUGUUCAUGAGCUUAUUCCAAGUUUUACGUGCACUUAAUUUUGUUGAGUUGUCCGAGCCAUUUUCUUGUGCCGUCAGUAGAACUGGCUGUGCGUCAAAGACUUUCUUUGUAAAGGGUUCAAUUAAAUGGUCUUCAAAGGUUAGCUGACUAGAGGGUAGUCUACAUCGAUGCAGCAAAGUUUUGGAGAUGGAUCUUCUGCAGUAGAUUUUGUAAUGAACCCAAUGUAACUUUAGUAUCUAUAUAUAAAUUUGCGUAUAGAUAUAAAGGGCAGUUAUCAUAGGCCCAUUGUCAUGUGUAUUUUGUAUUGGUUCGUCUCAUGACAGCAAUUGUUGCAGUUUAUUUGUAUGUGGAAUUUUAACAUGAAUCUGAUUUAUGAAAUUAUCUGGUUGUAAA